UUGUGGUUGAAGUGCUACAGAUGCCUGAGGACAUAGAAGCUACUGGCAGCUUCCAUCUCUCGACGCAUGUGACGAGGUGUGGGUGGGACCUGCCAUGCUUUCGCUUUCAUGAAUGCGUUGCAGUUGCCAGCCACUCUCUCCACAACCUUCGUGCAACGAACGAGCAUUGAAUUACCUUUUCACUUCUACACAACGACCCAAUCACAUCGCAACCUUCAUUGCCAUUGGCGUCUACAACACACAGGCUUUCGCCUUGUUUACUUCGAUCGAUCAGCCUCACUUCUUGACACUGCGAUUCCGAACAUACGACACCCGCAAACAUGCCAGCCGAUACGAAGCUGUACGAUCGACUAGGAGUGUCUUCUAGCGCUACAGCUGAGGAGAUCAAGAAGGCAUACCGGAAGCAAGCAUUGAAGAACCAUCCCGACAAGAACCCAGCAGGUGCGGAGAAGUUCAAAGAGGCCUCGGAAGCAUAUGAGAUCUUGUCGGAUCCUGAAAAGAGACGAAACUACGACAACUAUGGCUACGACUUCAUAACAGGCCAAGGGCCGCCUCCACAAGAGGCAGGUGGUGAGAACCCAUUUGCUGGCGGUGGAGGGUUCGGCGGAAUGCCUGGAGGAUUUGGAGGCAUGGGAGGAGGGCCUGGUGGUGCGCGAACAUUCCAUUUCAGCACAGGUGGAGGCAGAGGAGGAGGAUUCGGUGGCUUCAGCGAUCCCAAGGACAUAUUCGCGGAAUUCAUGCGAGGAGGCGGCGGCUCGAUGGGUGGAGGAGAUGAUGAUGACUUCUUCUCAGGCUUCGGCGGAAGUCCGUUCGGCAGUGCAAGACCCUCCGGUGGACGCAACGGUAGCUCACAAUUCAGGCGGCGAGAGCCCGAGCCUGAGACGACAGUCGUGGAGAAGCCGUUGCCCGUGUCAUUGGAAGAGAUGUACAAUGGUGCACAGAAGAAGCUCAAAGUACAGCGGAAGACCUACGACGCGCAGACCGGCAAGCAGAACACAGAGGACAAGAUUCUCAGUGUGCCCAUCAAGCGUGGUCUCAAAGCAGGGAGUAAGAUCAAGUAUCCCGACAUGGGCGACCAAGUCGAAGGCGGAACGCAAGACCUUCACUUCAUCAUCAAAGAAAAGGCGCAUCCGCUUUUCACACGUGAUGGCGAUGACAUUAAGCACACUGUUGAAAUCAGCUUGAAAGAGGCUCUCACAGGCUGGAACCGCAAAGUUCAAACGAUUGAUGGAAAGCAAUUAUCUGUGUCGAGUGCCGGACCUACAAACCCGGAUUGGACAGAACGCUUCCCUGGCCAGGGUAUGCCUAAGAGCAAGACACCUACAGUGCGAGGUGACUUUAUUGUUGGUGUGAAGAUCAAGUUCCCGACAAGUCUUACACCACAACAAAAGCAGCAACUCAAAGAGGUUCUACCAUAAACGAGAACAAGAAUUACAGCGGUUGAUAUGAUUUUGGUAUGAGUGAUUUCCAGCAUGGCGUGGCGUUGGUAGGAGGAUUUUCCCCAGAGCUGCCCCCGUUGCAGCGGGCGGCCAAUUGUUGGCGUUCCAGCGCGGUUGUGCAGAUACGAUGCAAUGCAGUAUUAGCAUAGAUGAUAAUGAAUAAGAAGCAUGACAAGCAACUUGAAAUGCCCAA